CCAAGAAACAACCAAAAGAAGAGAACUCCUUCGGCAAAGCCCAGAUACACACAGUUGUCGUCCGUUGAGAAGCUGCGGGUGAGCAUAAAAAUGAAUUGAGUAAUGCUGCGGGUGUACACCACUCUCUUUUCCUUCACACAUUUUUAUUUGAUUUUUAUUUACUUAAUUUUUUUGAAUUUUGUUGCCUUUUUUAAUGGACAAGGAGGGGGUGGGGAUAUUUGGGGUACACGUUUGGUGUAACCUAGCAUUUUUCAAAUGAAUUUGUUUCUUGCUUUUUUAUUCAGUCACUAGCACUGUAUUUGUUCUAUUUAACCUCACCCUGCACAUUAGCCAUAAGCCAUGGCGUUGGAGGCUGGCUUCUCUCUGACUGCAUUGCACAUCCAUUCUUGCUUCAAUACCUGCACUGCUUUGGUUUCUUUGCUGCAGUACUGAUCCCUCCCGUAAAUUUAAGUUCUUCUCAAGGUGGACGUUCUCCACUAUAUCAGCAAGGAGAUGACAAAGAAAGGCAGGGGAAAGUUUGCCGUUGAGAAACCUUUGGCCAAGGGUUUACCUCCGGGAUGGACUAAGGAAAUAAGGGUCAAGAAAAAGGGUGGCAAGACUAGAAAGGACCUGUAUUACAUCGAUCCUGAGAGUGGGCAAGUUUUCCGCUCCUUGAAGGAUGUUUCUCGUUACCUUGGGACUAAAGAUUGCAGUGAGACUGAACAAGGUCUCAACAACCUGCAAGCUGCAGGUUCUAUUUCGUCUUUGCCUUCUGAAGCUGAAGAACUGAAAGUGGGUGAAAGCAAAUGGGAUGAUGAACAGCUUGCUGUGGAUCAGAGAAAGGAAGAAGUUGUAAUGCCCAGUGGUAAAGAAUGUUGCUUGUCCCCCUCCCCCGAUCAUAUAGCAAGAGAAGUGGAAGAUGUUGGGAAUAAAAGUGAAACCAUCCUCAACAGAAGGAAGAAGUUGCAUGAAAGGAAAGGGUCACACUUACCUCUUAGAACCUCCAAGCGCCUUGCUGGCAUCAAAGCCGAUUCAUCUUUGGAACUGAAAACAAAUACUAAUAGUCAUCAUCAAGGCUUAGCUGCUGCUCCUAGACAGAAGGGUCAAACAGAAGCUGGCAUGACCGAUAUCCGGAUGGUGGAUGAUACCCAUGGGAAUGAAAGGAAACAUGAAGCUGUUGCUGCUGAUACUGCUGCUGCUUUACCCGCAGGGGAGCCUGAAUCAUCAUUGUUGAUGAUGAAGGAUGUGUGGAUGGAUCCAUGCAUAGAAUUUGCCAUAAAAACUCUAACCGGUGCAAUCCCAUGCAUUGGAGAAGAAGAGAACAAGGCUGACAAGAUGACUCCACAGUCAUCCCUCAGUUCAUCUGCUGGAAAUCUACAGUCCNUGACCGAUAUCCGGAUGGUGGAUGAUACCCAUGGGAAUGAAAGGAAACAUGAAGCUGUUGCUGCUGAUACUGCUGCUGCUUUACCCGCAGGGGAGCCUGAAUCAUCAUUGUUGAUGAUGAAGGAUGUGUGGAUGGAUCCAUGCAUAGAAUUUGCCAUAAAAACUCUAACCGGUGCAAUCCCAUGCAUUGGAGAAGAAGAGAACAAGGCUGACAAGAUGACUCCACAGUCAUCCCUCAGUUCAUCUGCUGGAAAUCUACAGUCCUGUGUGGAGGAGUUGCCUUUUGGUGGAGGAGGCGUAUUGGCAUUAGAUCCAUGCAUUGAAUUUGCUGCAAAGAUCCUUACUGGUGAAAUACCAAUAAGUGUUGAUGAAUGUUCACCUGAGAAGCCUUUAUUCAAGCAGCAGCAGCAACAGAAAUGCUGGCUUACUAAAUUUGGUUCAAACCAACCGAUUGUGUGAAACUUAGAAAACUGUGGAUGGGAAACUUGUUGUAAGUGUCUCUAGUGUUAGUUAUGUAUGUUUAAUUGGUGAUUGGUUGGCAGGGUGUAUCUGUUGUUAGCAUUCUCUAUUCAAAAUCCUGUCAAGACAGAAUUGUUAGGCAGUUUGUUAUAAAACUAAGGUUAAAAU